AUGAACGGCGGUGGAAAGGUGGUCUGCGUCACCGGAGCUUCCGGUUACAUAGCUUCUUGGAUUGUUAAGCUUUUGCUCCUCCGUGGCUACACGGUCAGGGCCACUGUUCGAAACCCAUCGGACCCGGCGAAAACAGAACAUCUUCUUGCACUUGACGGUGCGAAAGAAAGACUCAAACUAUUCAAGGCAGAUCUUUUGGAAGAAUGUUCCUUCGAGCAAGCUAUCGAAGGUUGCGACGCUGUCUUCCAUACGGCUUCUCCCGUUAAGUACAUCGUCACGGAUCCUCAGACUGAGCUAAUAGAUCCAGCCGUAAAGGGAACUCUUAACGUCCUUAAUACAUGCAAGAAAACUUCCUCCGUCAAAAGAGUUAUUUUAACAUCGUCCACUGCUGCGGUUCUUGUUCGUAAACCCCCUUUGGAGCCAAAUGACGUGGUGGACGAGACUUUCUUCUCUGAUCCAAGUGUCUGCACCGAAUUAAAGUUAUGGUAUCCACUCUCCAAAACUUUGGCAGAGAAUGCAGCGUGGCAAUUUUCCAAAGACAAUGGAACGGACAUGGUCGUGAUAAUUCCAGGAUUUGUAAUCGGGCCACUUUUGCAACCAACACUUAAUUUUUCGGCUGGAUUCAUUGUGGAUAUGAUAAAUGGUAAGAACCCGUUCAAUGCUACAUACUACAGGUUUGUGGACGUGAGAGAUGUUGCUUUGGCUCAUGUCAAAGCGUUGGAGACUCCUUCGGCCAAUGGUAGAUACAUCAUUGAUGGACCAAGUAUGACGAUAAACGACAUUAAAAAGACUAUACGUGAAUUAUUUCCAGAUUUGUAUAUUGCUGAAACGAAUGGGGAAAGUGAGAUGAAAGAAAUCAUGACGAAAGAAAUCAUUUACAAAGUGAGUGUGGAGAAAGUGAAGAAUUUGGGAGUUGAGUUCACUCCUCUCGAGUCAUGCUUUAGAGACACUAUCAUUAGUCUCAAAGAAAACUGUCUCUUGUAA